AUGAAUAAAGAAAUAAGGUCUUGUAAUUAUUUUAAAUUAUCUUUUUUUAAUAUUUUCUGCCUUGAACAAAUAUCUCAUAAUAAAAAAAAUACGGUCGAUAUUAUAAAUGCAGGGUAUAACAGAUUACUAGCCGAAUCUCAAGAGAGAAAUGAAAGUAAGACCCAUUCAAGCGAAAAUUUAUUUACUCAUCCAAUAAAUAAUAAAUUAGAAGAAAUUGUAACUAAAUAUCAUAAAACAUCAUCUACGUCUACAUUAAAUCACGAAAUUCAACAGAAAUAUGAUAAUGAAACAGAACAAAAAGAAUGUAAAAAUGAGAAGAAUAAUGAAUCUUCAAUUCAAAAAUUUCAUAAAAAAUCACCUUACAAUAAGCUUAAAACAAUCAGUAAAAUUGCUUUAAUAAUCAUUUUUUGGCAGUUUUCAUAUUAUAUUAUAUUAUAUUAUAUCUUACGUUACAUAUAUAAUAAAAAUAAAAAAUAUAUCCAUACAGAUCAAGCUUAUAUAUUAGAUAAAAAUACAAAUGGCAUUAAUGAAAAAAAAAAAAAAAAAAUAAUAAAAAUAAUAAAAAUAAUAAAAAUAAAAA